CUUCGGAUCAAUUAAUCAUCUAUAUGUAUAUAUAUACGAGAGUUGACAUCAAAUAGUGACUGUACAGCCACAACUGCUUUUAAAAUCAUUUGCUUUAACCAGGGCCAAGCUUAUAAUCACUAUGUCGUCCGAAAACAACGAAAAAUCCCGAUUCGUCUUCACCGACGAGGAAGAUCGUGCCCACAUCUCCAGGUCUAGCACAAUUCCAACAUAUCGCGUUGGGGAUAAAGUAUAUCUACUGCUUGCCGAUGGGUCUCGCGAAGGUCCCUACCUCGUCGCAUCGGUCCGUUCUGCGAAACAUGCACCUUGAGCCUUGAGAACGGUCAAACUGCCAGGAACGGCGAAGAGAUAGAGAUGGCGAAGCUCGAGGCUGCCUAGAGAGACAUUUGGGCUCACAGUGCCCCCAAUAAAUCUUUCACACGUCAGCUACAGAAAGGCCAGAACUAUGUUGUGUAAUCGACCUAGACCUCAUGCAGCUAAUACGAGAGUCACUGCAAUUCGCAGCCUUA